CUCAGAUGAAUAUUUGACCGAAGUACAAAAAGUAGAUCACUCCGUAAACGGAUUAUUCAGAAAAAGAUACAAUGUAUCACUAUCGUAGUUCAGUCUUGGUCGUGAUAACAAUAGGACUCUCAUUGACUACAGGUAACAGAAUAGUUCCUGAAACUGACGAAGAUCGUACCAAAAUCGUUGGUGGACACCCAAUCAGCAUCGAGCAAGUACCGUAUCAGGUUUCGGUACAGGUCAAAACCAAAUCAUCGCACCGACAUACAUGCGGCGGAGCAAUUUUGAGUGCCGAUAGAGUUCUGACUGCAGCACAUUGCAUUGAAGAAAGCAGAAAAUAUGCCGUACGCGCUGGAUCUAACUACUAUGGGUUCGGUGGUCAAUUGGUGGAAGUUCUUGAGAGUCGUGUUCAUCCGGAAUUCAACAAUCACACACUGGCGAACGACAUCGCAAUGUUACGACUGGAAAGAAAUCUUUUCUUCAGUAACACUGUCACACUAAUUAGUCUACCUUAUGCGGAAUCUUUCUCCCCGACAUCGAAGGAGGUCUUCGUUUCUGGCUGGGGAUCAAUUCUGUACGAUUCAUCGCUUUCGUAUCGAUUGCAAGGAGUUUCCAUUCCGUUGGUUGACCACGAACUAUGCUCACAGCUGUACGUUGAGUUCAACAACAUUACGGAUUCGAUGUUCUGCGCGGGACAGGUCGGAAGGGGCGGCAAAGACUCCUGUCAGGGUGACUCUGGCGGCCCGGUAGUGCAGAACGGAUACCUUGUUGGGGUUGUUUCCUGGGGCUAUGAGUGCGGUGAGCCAAAUUAUCCUGGUGUGUACUCGAAAGUGUAUGCCUUCCGAGAAUGGAUUCAGUCGUUGCUUUAAGUUGGAUGUUUAUAAGAUUGUUGAAUAAAACGCUUGGUAGCUUGAA